CUCUCUCUGAUAUCGUCUUGGCGUUUUUCAGCGAAGCGCUCCGAGCAGAGCAGAGCAGAGCAGAGCAGAGCAUGACUUUGACACUGCUGUCUUCCUUCAUUUCUCGAUGUAUAAAUUUGCAUCGACCGGCGCCACCCUCCUCAAAGAUCCUCAGCUAGAUUUUCUCUUACUUUCUACUCACUUCAUCUUUGUAUAAACAGUGGGGCGUGAGCCCCGGCGCUUCUCGUGAGGGGAAAAAGCCUCACGUUCUCACAGGGGCCACCUUGAAAGCAAAGCCAUCCCCUCACGCGCCUCUCCCUCCCCCUUCAACCUCCACCGCAUUCGCUCUCUCCACCGUCUUUCUUUUUUGAGGCUUCGAUCCUUUUUCUUGAUCGCUCGUGGGAGUUGCAUAAUAGCAUCGAGGCCUCGAGUUGGUAGCUUGCUUUUUGGGUUUGUGAUCUUCUCUCUCUCUCUCUGCAUCAAGAUUCGGAGUCUGGGCGCUUGAAUGCUCUCUUCUUGAUCACUCGUUGGAGUUGCACAGCAUCAAGGCUUCAAGUUCGGAGCUUGCUUUCUUGGUGAGAGUUGACGGCAAUGGAUUCUCGCUGUGUGGCCCUCAAGGCCAACGCCUCUUUGGCUCAAUCAAACAAGAGCUGUCUCAAGAAUGUAGAUAAGGGAUUCUUGGGUGAGAGAAUCAGAGGGAGCCUAGAUAACAGUGUUUGGGUUAAACAGGUUGCUAGAAAUCUGAGAGUUGAAAAAAAGUUCAAGAAGGCGAAACCCGGAGUGGCUUUUGCUGUUAUUACAUCGAACACCGUUGCGGAGACCUUGACUAUUAGAUCUCCGGUGUUGCAUAGACCAAGAGCAGACCCAAAGAAAGUGGCCGCCAUUAUAUUGGGGGGAGGUGCAGGGAUUCAACUCUUCCCUCUCACCAGAAGAGCAGCCACGCCCGCUGUUCCGGUUGGUGGAUGCUACAGGCUAAUAGAUAUCCCAAUGAGUAAUUGCAUUAACAGUGGCAUAAACAAGAUCUUUGUGCUGACCCAGUUCAACUCUGCUUCUCUUAAUCGUCAUCUGGCGCGCACUUACUUUGGAAAUGGUGUCAAUUUUGGAGAUGGGUUUGUUGAGGUUCUGGCUGCUACUCAAACUCCUGGAGAAACGGGAAAGAAGUGGUUUGAAGGAACAGCGGAUGCAGUAAGGAAAUUCAUUUGGGUGUUUGAGGAUGCCAAAAACAGAAAUAUUGAGGACAUAAUAAUUUUGGCGGGGGAUCAUCUUUACCGCAUGGACUAUAUGGAUUUUCUGCAGAAUCAUAUUGACAGAAACUCUGCAAUAUCUGUUGCCUGUACUCCUGUGGGGGAAAGCCGGGCAUCUGAUUAUGGAUUGGUGAAGAUAGACAGCAGAGGCCAAAUUGUCCAAUUUUCUGAAAAGCCUAAGGGUCCUGAUCUGACAGCUAUGCAAGUAGAUACCACCACCCUAGGAUUGUCUCCGCAAGAAGCUGCAAGAUCUCCAUAUAUUGCAUCAAUGGGAGUUUAUGCCUUCAAGACGGAGUCCUUACUAAAUCUUCUGAAGUGGAGGUACCCUACAGCCAAUGACUUUGGAUCUGAAAUCAUUCCCUCGGCUGUGAUGGAGCAAGAUGUCCAGGCUUAUAUUUUCCGCGAUUACUGGGAGGAUAUAGGGACUAUAAAGUCCUUCUAUGAUGCUAAUUUGGCUCUCACAGAAGAGGUUCCAAAAUUUGAAUUUUAUGAUCCGAAGACACCUAUCUUCACGUCCCCUCGAUUUCUUCCACCGACCAAGAUAGACAACUGCAAGUUAAAGGAUGCAAUAAUUUCCCACGGUUGCUUUUUGAGAGAGUGCCGCGUUGAACGCUCCAUAGUGGGUGAACGCUCGCGCCUCGAUUCUGGAGUUGAGCUGAAGGACACGGUGAUGAUGGGUGCAGACUAUUACCAAACAGAAUCCGAAAUAGCUUCUCUGCUAGCGGAGGGGAAGGUGCCUAUCGGGAUAGGGAAGAACACAAAGAUAAGGAACUGCAUAAUAGACAAGAACGCAAAGAUUGGGAAAGAUGUGGCCAUUGUAAACAAAGAUGGAGUUGAAGAAGCAGAUCGGCCAGGGGAUGGGUUUUACAUACGCUUGGGAAUAACCGUGAUACUGGAGAAGGCAACCAUAGAAGAUGGUACAGUUAUAUAA